AUGCCUCGCUUCGACGACGCCGACUUUGCGGUCGAGCCUGCUCCUCAGGAUCCCCGUGCAAGCGAUGCGCAGCCCGCUCGCUCGCACGAUCAUCCUGCAGCCCAGGCCAUUCCCUCCGAACAUGGCAACACGGUUGAGAUCCCUGCCACGCGCAGCUCUAUCAGCGGUACCUCUGCUCUCAUGCACCAUCUUAGCAUGUCGCCCUCCAUGAAGGACCGCCGGGGAUCCCGCAACUCGUUUGGCACAUCUCUGCCGAUCCCACGAUCCCCGCGCGUGUCGCGACUCUCCUCGGCUGGCAAGCCCAGACUGGGUGCACGCGAUGUCCUUGCGUCCCAGGUGCAGGAUAUGUCAAAGGAGAAGGUGGCCGCUGUCAAGAACAUGGCGUUCGCGUUUGACAUCGACGGUGUGCUGGCACACGGCAACGAACCCAUUGAGGAGGCGAAGACUGCCCUCACAAUUCUCAAUGGCGACAACGAGCUUGGGAUCAAGUUCCCUUACAUUCUUUUGACCAACGGUGGCGGGAAAACGGAGGAAGCGCGCUGUGCGCAGCUUACAGAGGUCCUCGAGCAUCCUAUUUCUACCGACCAGUUCAUUCAGUCGCACACCCCCAUGCAGGCUCUUGCCGAGUACUAUGACACUGUGCUUGUCUGUGGUGGCGAGGGUUUCAAAGUUCGCGAAGUCGCAGAAGCCUAUGGAUUCAAGAACGUGGUACACCCCAAGGAUAUCCUGGCCUGGGAUCCUACUAUUUCCCCGUGUCGCCACUUUACCGAGGAGGAGCGUGCCGAAGCCAAGCCCCGCGACUUCUCCAAGGUCAACUUCGACGCUAUCCUGGUUUUCGCAGAGUCGCGCGAUGCCUCCACCGACUUCCAGAUCAUCAUUGACCUUUUACUCGCGAAGAAUGGUCAACUCUUGACCCGCGACGAUGACCCCGCUGCAAACCACAUCCCGAUCUACUUUUCGCAGGGUGACCUCUUAUGCCCUACUGAGCACAAAGGCCCGCCCCGUCUCAACCUUGGUGCUUUCCGUAUCUCCAUUGAGGCGCAGUACAAGGCCCUUACAGGUGCCGACCUCGAGCGUGUCGUCUAUGGUAAGCCCGAGCGGGCUACCUAUGUCUGUGCCGACGAGGUGAUCCGAUCUUGGAUGGAGGAAAUUCAUAACGAGCGAAGUCUACCCGAACACAUCUACAUGGUCGGUGACAACCCGCAAUCGGACAUCAUCGGCGGGAAUUUGUACGGUUGGAACACAUGUCUGGUCCGCACUGGUGUCUUCCAGGGCAAGGAGGGCACGAACGACCGUGACAACCCCGCCAACUUCGGUGUGUUUGACAAUGUCCUUGGGGCCGUUAAAGCUGCCAUCCGCAAAGAGCUUGGCGAGGACUUCAAGCUUAAAUGGAACCCCAAGAUCAACCCCGUCACCCACGGCGAAUCCUCCUCGGCUAUUGAAUAA